UACAAGUAAGGUAACCAAAUAACGUAGGUGUGCUCUCAGCGAACUUCCAAUGAGAGUCAUGUUCGGAGGCGAGGUAUUAUUCGCUCUAACAUCAUACUCCAUUGAAUCUUUGUACAAAGCUAGAUUAUUUUGGUAAUGGCACAAUUAAAUAAGUUCACAUAUUUGUUCUCAUGCCAUUAAACAAUUAAUUUUGUGAAUAAGUGCCCAACCUUAAAAUAUAAAUCUAUGUAGCUGGCAAUGCUCAAGGUCUAGCCGUCAAUUUAUUGUGUGUUCGAAUCGCUCGAUGAUGUGGUUUGCGUUUUACUACAGGGUACGAGAUUUGGUUGGUUCAGAACUAGUUACCCACUUAAUAGCAAUUGUUAGUGUUAUACUAUAUUAGAUGCACCAAGGAACCCUCUUUUAAGUAAUUUUAAUGUUCGCAAGUGUCGUUAUGCAGCUAUACUGAAUGAAAGAAACACUCUAAUUGCGAAAAAUUUCCUUUUGAAGAAGAAGUAGAGAAGGGUGUGAAUAUAUUUUGUUGGCAGUUUGAGUUAACGAGGGCAAAUGAAUAGUAUGUGCUAUUGGACCAGACCGACUGAAAAUAGGUCAGUGAUUCUAAAGAGGAAUAUAAGAAUACCAGAUUCCCAUAGAGAAAUAUACACGGUAGGGAGAACUACAUAUUGGUUCACCUAAAAAAAGGAUAUGAGGUUUCUCCCAAAAAGGAAUGAUGGGAAUAAUUAGUUGAAGAUAUGUGCAAAACCAUACAUAAAAUGUACUCCACAUUUGCGUGGUAAUUCUAAAAUUGCGAGGCAAAACUAGCCAUCUUAAUCCAGAUUAAUUUCCUCAAGAAAUAAUUUAGUUGUACUACUACAAAAAAUUGAAUUCAUAUUGCAUAGCUAUGAAAAAGGUAACAUAAGUACUCUUCAAAACACCAAAUCAUGUCUACAAGAAUUCUGGAAAAUGGCUCUACAGUCAAACGCAAAACCGUUCAAUAUUGUAAUUUCAAACUAAUGCGUAUCUAUGUAAUGCAGCAAUACCACUGGAAUUUGAGAGGAAACAGUUCAAUCUUCGCUUGUCAUAAUGUGUAUGGAGGAGACGACGCUUGCAACGUAUUGGUAUUAACCUUUCUAUACCAAGGGGCAUCAUCUCGGCGCUCCGUGGCCAUGUCGUCAACCUCACUGCUAAAGCGAUGCAAUGGCAUAGCACAGUCGCGAAAAGGGUGCCGCUAUGACCCAGAGAGAGCCGGCAUCGGGAUUGUCUCGGCUAUUAUGGAACCAACCGAUGCACGCCUACACAUCGUCGGGCCUCUCAUCCACACCAACGCACGUGAGAUCCUAGAGGUUACACUGCCAAACCUUAUUUGGAGCAAUAGGAGGCCAUUCCGAGCAGCCAUACUUUCAUGUGGUCUAUGCCGCAGCUGGAUCGGUAGUGGCACCGUCUACAUGUACAAAGGUGAGAUGGGAUUCUGUAAACCGGAGUGUGUCAACGACUAUAUUGUGGAGCAAUUGGAAAAACAGAGAUGGAGGCUGAGGUGGUGUCAAAGAGAAAAGGUCCCACCAAUGGAGGACGAUAAGGAAGGCAAUCAGAGCUCCAUGUUCUUCACCUGCGCUGGUAGCCUAUGAUGCACCUACAUAUAUGUUUGAGAGAUGUAUGGGCUUAGAAGGACUGGAACCUAUUUUUCACAACUGUAUAACUUGGUGCUUUUGUAAGUAACAGAACACCUGAUGGUUAGUAAAUAGCAAUACACUUUUGACA